UCCAACAUGGCGGUUCUACUGAGGCAAAGUUUGCGGGCAGUUCAGCCCACAAUAAAUGCUAUUGCUCUGCGAGGAAUGCUCCCAAAAGCUGCGACAACCGCUGCUUUACAUAGUCAACUACCAAUUGAACGACCCCAGCAAAGAAAUUUUAGUGUGCUUUCUCGGAGUUAUGAGAAAGCUGUGUUUGGCUGUUCUGUGACAAGUCGCUACAUUUGCACCCCGGCUAGUUUGACACAAGAAGAUGUCAAAGAACGAGUUCUUAAAAUAUGCCGAGACUUUGAUAAAAUCGAAGCCAAUAAGCUAACACUUGAUUCGCACUUCCUGAAGGACCUUGGCUUAGACAGUCUGGACCAUGUUGAAGUCAUCAUGGCUAUGGAGGAUGAAUUUGGGUUUGAAAUUCCUGAUGGUGAUGCUGAUCGUCUCUUACAUGUCAAGGAUAUCGUUACAUAUGUAUGCGACAAGGAGGAUGUAUUUGCAUGAUGAGCUAGGUAGGAUAGUCAGUCUGUAUCAAAUGAAAGAUCUCUUCUGUUACCUUCGGCCAUUCUAAAACAUUCGAGGAAAAUGGACAAGAAACUCUGCUUGGCUCAUUGACUUUGUGCAUCAAUGGACUGGUCUGUUUACCUUAUUAGUGGAGUGAGGUUGAGACGUUGUGGCCUAAGAUACAGAAGAACUCCAGUGUUUUGCACACCAUAGUUUGUGUUAGAAUAAAAUGUGUAUUUGUACAGUUCUAGAUAUGAUAAUGUGAACAAAUUUUCUGAUUCUUUUCAUGUGAAAGACUGCUAUACAUGUAUCGUUGACAUUGGAUGUGCCUGUCUUGGUUGCCUUUAAAAUUUAAAUGCCCGUGCAAGAAGGCGUUCAAGUGCCACUUUUCCACUGAUCAUUUGACCAAAGACUCUUUAACAGUUAGCACUAACUUCCUUUACAAUUGAUUCAGUCAUUGUAGUAACUUGAUAGUCAAGGUUACGUCUGUUAACAGGUUUAAAAGCAUAGUAAUGCAUUCAAAUUUUUUUCAUAGCAUGGUUCUGUCUCUCAUUAUCGUUCUGUUGAUAAUAAAAACCGAAUUCCAUAUAAAACGUUGCGCUUGAUUUGUACAGUCCCUGGGAUGUGUCAUUUUCGCCAUUUGAAGGAUUUUUGGUCCAUGGUCUCGAGCAAUGAUUUGAUGUGUCUUGUGUUUGGUAUCAGACCUAUGAUUGUUGGUUUAUGAG